GUCAUGGUGCUCUGAUACUCUUGUUCACAGUCAAAGACUGGAAAAAAAAAAAUCUGAUCUGGUGAUGCUAACUUAAAUGUUUCUGGAUGCACUUUAUUUGCAAGCAGAGCUAAGACCCGGAACCAAAGAUGAACUGGGCAUCAUUUUAUGCUGUCAUUAGCGGUGUGAACCGCCACUCCACCGGCAUCGGUCGAAUCUGGCUCUCCGUGCUCUUCAUUUUCCGCAUCCUGGUCCUCGUGGUUGCAGCCGAGAGCGUGUGGGGCGACGAGAAGUCUGGCUUCACCUGCAACACGCAGCAGCCGGGUUGCAACAGUGUCUGCUACGACCACUUCUUCCCCAUCUCCCACAUUCGACUCUGGGCACUCCAGCUCAUCCUGGUCUCCACUCCUGCCCUGCUGGUAGCCAUGCACGUUGCCCAUCGGCGUCAUGUUGACAAGAGGCUCUACAAACUGUCGGGCCGGUCCAACCCGAAAGACCUGGAGCAGAUAAAAACACAGAAGAUGAAAAUCACUGGGGCCCUGUGGUGGACAUACGUCAUCAGCCUUUUGUUCCGUAUCAUCUUUGAGGUCACUUUUAUGUAUGUGUUUUAUAUGAUCUACCCUGGUUACAAGAUGAUCCGGCUGGUGAAGUGUGACUCCUACCCUUGUCCCAACACGGUGGACUGCUUUGUGUCGAGACCCACAGAGAAGACUGUCUUCACCGUGUUCAUGUUGGCUGUGUCAGGUGUUUGUAUUCUACUCAACAUUGCCGAGGUGGUCUUCUUGGUGGGGAAGGCUUGCAGCAAGCAUUUGCACAAUGCUGGAGACUCGACUAUGGGGGCUUGGAUCCAACAAAAGCUUUGCUCAUUCUAACAAAAUGCACAGCAGCACAAAGGAGACAUAUAGUCAA